AUGCUCGACAUGGCAGAGGAAAAUAGACAGAACCAGUCUCAAUUUCAAGUGCAGAUUAUCGUCACCCCUGUACAAGGCUGCGAUGGGAGAGCCGAAAUUAGGAUUAUUGGUGGAACCCCUAGGUCCAGCACACCGACUUCACCAACACAUCGACCGGUUGAACAAGACGUGAACACUAAUACGGCUGACGCGUUGAAGAAGAAAGUUAACCAACAUUUUCUGAGCCCCUCUGAAGGAUAUCGCUGCCAUGAGAAGAGAAAAAUCAGCAACAGUAAGUAAAAUAUAUGCUGUACAGGUAUCGCUACUAGAGUUUGAACUUAAACUAUUUAAAGGCGACAUAUUUCCACGAAAACGCAACUUCCGAGUU